AUGCCUGAAACUUGUGCCGGCAUGAAGAAACUCGCUCCGUUGUACAAGAAAGCAAGAUUAGGAUUUGGUGCAAGUUUUAGAAGGUGGUUUUGUGUUGAAAUUGGCAGGGGAGAGGACUUUGCUGGAGAAUUGUGUAGGGGGAAAAGAUUUGGAGCUGUAUGGGGAAAUGGAGAUUUCGGGAGGCUGGGAUUGGGGAAUUUGGCCUCGCAGUGGAGGCCCCGCCCUAUUUCUCCAGCCGCUUUUGAUGAUCAGGGUUUGGUGGAGAUCGCGUGCGGCGGUGCCCACACUCUUUUUUUAACUGAAAGAGGUGAUUUGUAUGCUACUGGACUUAAUGAUUUUGGACAGCUAGGUAUAUCCAAUUCCCAAAGUUAUACAUCUGAGCCUCUUAGAGUUAUUGGCAUCCCCAGGAGGGUUGUGAAAAUUUCAGCUGGUUACCAUCACUCAGCUGCUAUUACAGAGGAUGGAGAACUCUAUAUGUGGGGAAAGAACGCAAAUGGACAGCUUGGCCUGGGAAAAAAGGCAGAAAAGAUAACUUUUCAUCCCCACAAAAUUGAUUCCUUGGGCGGAGUCACUAUUAAAACAGCUUCCUUAGGAUUUGAACACUCGAUUGCAGUAACAGACCAAGGUGAAAUUUUGAGUUGGGGCGGAGGGGAGUCUGGAAGACUUGGUCAUGGACAUGAAUCGAGCAUUUUGGGUUUCCAGAAAAGUAGCAGUGAGUAUACACCACGACUGAUUAAAGGACUUGAGGGAGUUAAGGUCAAGAGCAUUUCUGCUGGAAUGCUUCACUCUGCCUGCAUUUCUGAUGAUGGCUCUGUUUAUUUCUUUGGUGAAAGAGAAUUAGGAAAAUGGGGCUUUGGUAAAGCAAAGAGUGAAACCACACCAUGUACCAUUAGUUCACUGCCAUUUUCAGAGGAAGUUGCGUGUGGUGGUUACCACACCUGUGUUAUUACAAAUGGUGGCGAACUGUACACAUGGGGCUCCAACGAGAAUGGCUGUCUUGGAAUUGGCUGCACAGAAGUCACUUACGAACCUGAAAGAGUUGAAGGUCCAUUUUUGAGGCAAUCUGUUAGCAAGGUAUCAUGUGGUUGGAAGCAUACUGCAGCAAUUUGCGGAGGUAACGUUUACACGUGGGGUUGGGGUGGUUCACAUGGAACAUUUCAAGACGAUGGACAUUCACCAGGCGGACAAUUG